AUGCAGUCCAUGAACUCCGGCACGCUGUGCUCCAGGAACGUUUAUUUACGCAUCCUGCGAAAAAAAAGGUGCUACGCAGACAUGACCCUGGUCAUCAAGCUGCUGUUCGUGCGGCCGCGCACGCUACACGUUAGCCGGGAGCUACGGCAACAGCUGAUGGACCAGCGUAGAUCCCAGGUAGCGCUGACUGAUGUCAGAUUCCUCUGUUCUUCAGGAAGAUGGAGGCCAGCUCAGGCAGCGUCCUUCUGCAGCUCCUCAGAGGACGGGAAGCCCCGCCCCUCCAUGCUCAAACACCUCCGCUCCAAGAUCCAAUCCACAGGCCCCAUCUCUGUGUCCGAGUACAUGAAGGAGGUUCUGACCAACCCGGUGACCGGUUACUAUGUGAGGAAAAACAUGCUGGGAGCCGAUGGAGACUUCAUCACGUCACCAGAGAUCAGCCAGGUGUUUGGAGAGCUGCUCGGCGUUUGGAUCAUCAGCGAGUGGAUGGGGGCGGGUCGGCCCAAACGGCUGCAGCUGGUGGAGCUGGGUCCAGGAAAGGGUUCGCUGGCCUCCGACAUCCUGAGAGUGUUCAGCCAGCUGCAGUCUGUUGUGGGCGGAGCCUCGGUGUCGGUCCACCUGGUGGAGGUGAGUCCGGUUCUGAGUCGGCUCCAGGCAGAGACCCUGACGGGGAACCGCAGCGAGGAGGCGAGCAGCGAGGACGACCCGGUUUACAGGCGCGGUGAAACUGAGGGCGGGGUGUCGGUGUCGUGGUACCGCCGUUUGGAGGACGUCCCUGCAGCUUUCAGCAUCUUUGUUGCUCACGAGUUCUUUGACGCUCUGCCAGUCCACAAGUUCCAGCGAACAGAGAAGGGUUGGAGGGAGGUUCUGGUGGACAUCGACCCUGCAGAUCCAGACCGGCUGCGGUUUGUCAUGGCUCCAACUCCGACGCUCGCCUCGUCCACGCUUGUCCAGGCCGAGGAGCGGCGGGACCACGUGGAGGUGUGUGCGGAGGGCGGAGUCAUCGUCCAGCAGCUGGCUCGGCGGAUCCAGGAGGAGGGCGGGGCGGCUCUGAUCGCCGAUUACGGCCACGACGGAACCAAGACCGACACGUUCCGGGGAUUUAAGGGCCACCGGCUCCAUGACGUCCUGUUGGCUCCCGGCUCCGCUGACCUCACAGCCGACGUCGACUUCAGCUUCCUGCGGAGGAUGGCCGGAGGGGGCGUGGCCUGUUUGGGGCCGGUGAGUCAGAGGAGCUUCCUGAGGAACAUGGGCAUCGACGCGCGCAUGCAGGUUCUACUGAGGAACUGCAGCGACCCGUCCGUCAGGAAGCAGCUCAUCAGCAGCUACGACAUGCUGACCAACCCGGCCAAGAUGGGCGAACGCUUCCAGUUCUUCAGCCUGCUGCACCGCGCCCGCCUCGCCGCACCCAAGACGCCAGAGGGGCUGAAGCUGGAGAAGAAGAGCCCGGCGCCGCUGCCUGUGGCCGGGUUCACCGAGCUCAGCCUCUCCUGAGGCCAGGGAGAACCGGAGGUCCUGGUUAUGGGUCAGAACCCAGAACCAGAAAGGAUGGACGAGGUUCUGCUUCUGGACCAAACGCUGCGGAUGGCGGCGGUAGAAACGGUCACGAAGCUUUCAUUGACGUGUUUAGCUUCCGUAACGGGUCAGAACCGAGCGCCGCUCCGUGGGCUGCAGACUGAACACAAACCAGUGAUCCCAGUUCAGCUUUUAUUUCCACCAUUCAGAACAAGAGAGACGAUUUUCUGCUACAAAAAUAUAAAAAUUCUCAGAUUUCAGCUUAGAGUCCGAAAGAAGCAGCAGCAGUUAGAUUCUCAGCGAGGCGACCGACCUGGCGGCCGGUCUGGCUAACGGCGCUCACAGCUCCGCUCAGACCGACCCAAACGGAUCAGGAAGGGUUCUGGGAAGGAGCGGAUUUGAUGAAGAUGCAUGAUUCUUUCUGCCAUUUUCUUUUCCUUUAAAGGUUAACCGCCUCAGCUUUCU